AAACGUGUCAGCGCUGUGUAGUUAGUGGAAGACCAAGCAAUAGCUGAUGAGUUUAGUUCAGCUGCUUUGCUUUCCCCCUCCAAAGCUGCGGCUCUGUGUCAGUUGUGUGUGUACUCAGACAGACAGGACGAGUCCUCUCCUCACCGCCAAAAAAGCUAAAGGAAAAGAGGGAACACUAAAAAGGGUAAAGAAGAAAUAAUUCUAUUCUCUUCUCCAAAAACAACAAAAAGAAAAGGACUCCAUAAGACCUCCUCCUCCCAUUCUUCUUGUUCUUCUUUCUUUUCUCAAAUUCUCUCUUCAAAAAACUGUAGUUUAAUCAAUCUCCUGCCCUCUUAUUCUCUCCCUCUCUCGGUAUAUAACAUCUCUUUUCUUCGAGCGGCUGUGAGCUUUGAUCUGCUGUUAGAUUGGCAUACUUCUUCUUGAUUAACGCCCAAAAGAAGAGUCUUUUUUCUUUGAGACUAGAUUUUAGCCUUUGUGAUAGAUGGAAGAGGGAAAGGUGUCUGGGAACAGUUUGACAUCUGCUGCAGCUUUUGUGGAAGGAGGAAUUCAAGAUGCAUGUGAUGAUGCUUGCAGUAUAUGUCUUGAAGCUUUUUGUGAUAGUGAUCCUUCCACAGUGACUAGUUGCAAGCAUGAGUUUCACCUUCAGUGCAUUCUUGAGUGGUGCCAAAGAAGCUCACAGUGCCCAAUGUGUUGGCAGCCCAUCAGCCUGAAGGAUCCGAGCAGCCAGGAAUUGCUUGAUGCGGUGGAGCAUGAGAGGAAUCUGCGUAUGAAUCCGCCUACAAGUACCACUAUAUUUCACCAUCCAACUCUUGGAGACUUUGAGUUACAGCAUCUGCCAGUUAAUGCAAGUGAAUCCGAACUUGAAGAGCGCAUUAUUCAGCACUUAGCCGCUGCUGCUGCUAUGGGAAGGGCUCGUCAGCUUGCUAGGAGGGAAGGUCAAAGGAACAGGUCUUCUACUCAAGGUCGUCCUCGUUUUUUGGUUUUCUCUACUCAUCCUAAUGGAGCUUCCACUACCUCAGCCACUUCUUCUGUUGCUCAGAGAGGCGGCAGUGAUCCUCCUCCUGCAGUCAUGAUAGCUGCCCCAAAUUCUCCUUUUAUUACUUUUGCAGAAGAUUCUGCACAACUUAAUGCACAACCUUCUACGCCCCAAGCUGACCAGCUUGUGAUAACACAAUCAGGAUCAAGUGCAUCCGCAAAUCGACAUGGAACAUCAACAAGCAAUAGGAGGUCUCCUGGUAGUCAAGACAGAGCUGGACCAUCUGAUUUUCAAUCAUUCUCUGAGACUCUGAAAUCCCGCCUUAGUGCGUUGUCAGUGAGAUACAAAGAAUCUAUAACCAAGAGCACAAGAGGUUGGAAGGAGAGACUUUUCGCUCGCAACAGUUCAACUCCAAAUACCCCAACUGCUGAGGUUCGUAGAGAGGCCAACCAAGGUGUUGCCACCGUAACUCGAAUGAUGGAUCAUCUCGAUAUAGCAGAAGAUGGUACAACCAACACAGCCAUUGUGUCGAACAAUUUUGAAGAUGGCUGGACUCCAGAUCCUACUGAACACCCUGCUGUAGAGAUGGGUACUGGCCCUUCUUCGGAUGCAGAUACCACACGAGCUCCAUGUGCUGCUAGUUCUGCAUCAAGCUAAGCUUUGAUUGAAAUUCGUUGCCCCUUCCUUUUGUUGGUAAGAAUGCUGAAUCAUCCAAAUCGGCAUUCAGUACUAGUGAUAGAUAGCUUUCAUGCCUAUUGCUUAUCUCGUACGGUCAUUCUUGUAAUAAGGGAAACUCGUCCACUCCAACGAUGAUCUAUUGCAACCAAUGUAUUCGCUCUCGUCAGGCUUGUAGGUUUAAUAAAGGAAAGUAGUAGAGGUUUGGACCUUGGGACCCUGUGCAUAUGACAAAUUAGUUGUAAAUUCUGGUCUGUCGUUCAAGACUACUCAUGAACAAACAUCAAGUUGAAUUAUCGAUCAUUCGGAAAGGAAUGGGGUUGUGGUGGAA